AUGGAUCCCUCACAAGUCACCAUUCCACCUUUGAAGGAUCUGACUAUUGAUAACAUCACCGAGAAUGUCGUGUUGAUCAAUUCUGCAAAUCCCAACGAGCGCUUCAAGUACAUCCUUGAGCGGCUGGUGCACCACCUUCAUGACUUUGCCAGAGAGACUCGGUUAAGUACGAAGGAGUGGAUGGCCGGUCUUCAGUUUUUGACUGCUACGGGACAGAUCUGCACUGAUGUGCGACAGGAAUUCAUCCUCCUGUCCGACAUCCUCGGCCUCUCCCUGCUGGUAGACAGCAUCGACCACCCCAAACCACCGAACAGCACCGAAGGCACAGUCCUCGGCCCCUUCCACACACACGAAGCCCCCGACAUGCACCAUGGAGACAACAUGUCGCAAGACAAGAACGGCGAGCCGCUACUGGCUCUCUGCACCGUCAAAGACGUCAACGGAAAGCCCAUCCCCGGCGUCAAGAUCGAUAUCUGGGAGACCGACUCGGCCGGCUUUUACGACGUCCAGCAUGCCGAUCGUGAGGGCCCGGACGGCAGAUGCGUCAUGCGCAGCGACCUAGACGGCGUCUUCUGGUUCAACGCCAUCGUGCCCAUCCCUUAUCCCAUCCCACACGACGGUCCCGUCGGUCAGCUACUCUUGGAGCUGAAGAGACAUCCCAUGCGACCUGCACACAUGCAUUUCAUGUUCGAGAAGCCCGGUUACGACCAUCUGAUCACUGCCCUCUACCUGAAACACGACCCCUAUGAAUCGUCCGACGCCGUCUUCGGCGUCAAGAAUAGCCUCAUCGUCGAACUCGGCAAAGUCGACAAAGCUACUUCCGAGAAAUACAAUGUUCCCGAAGGCACGAAACUAUUGACUUACGAUUUCGUGCUCGUCACGGAUCAGGAGAGCUUCGACCUCAGGAGUAAGAAUAGUGCCGCUGCGCUCGAAAAGUUGGGGCGGAGGGUCAAGAUCGUGGAGGGGUUGCCUGUGCCUGAGUUGGACUGA